CGGAGCCAUCGAAUCUUGAUUCUCUAUCCUCUAUUGGUUGAAGACGCUUCGGAUUAUUAUUUCCAGGAUCUGCUUCUCCGUAGGUGUGCUGGGUGCACGCACACUGUUCCGUCCCGGUACGGUUUUCCCCCUCACUUCGUUUCAGGGCAUGCGGGCAGCGCUUAAGUUGCAUUGCUUGAUCCCGAAAGCCUUAUCGACUAUACCACACACUCCAACCAGCAAUUAUAUCUGCCUUCUCGUGAUCAAAACAUCUCACAUAAUUGUAGUCCGAGAAAACGGCACACCUGUUCACCGACCACUCAACCAAAGACAGAUAUGAGUACAGGCAACCAAGAUGCGCCCUACCAACGUCCUGAUCCGCUUGCAAUAUUCCCUUUGGUUGCUAGGCGCCCUCUUCAAGGGUUACCAUCGAAGGUAAUCUCCCAUAACUCUACAUAUGAAUUUUAUGGACCCUUCGACCAAACUCAGCUGGCUGUGUCGGCUAGCGAAUAUAUUGUGUCCCGAUCGGAUGCAAGCCGCAAAACUAUUUCUGCUGAACUGAACCGUUUUCUUACGGUAGCUGCUCAAGACUGCUACAGAACAGCUAGUCCGGCCGAUAGAUCUGAUAUAAUACAAUCUUGCUGGUUAACAAUCCGAGCUUAUUCUGCAACAUAUGAGUUCAAACAGCCCAGAUGGCAUCGCGAUGGGCGAAUGUUUGAUUGUACAUGCUUCGAGCGAACGAUACCUCAUUCCAAGUACGCUUUUACUCUGUUGGGCCCAUCAACCUUGGCUCUGUCGCCCAGCGCCCAGUUAGAUGAAGCAUUUGAUACUGCGAGAAGAGUAUGGCAGGAAGAUAAUAGAGAUUUGCUUGAAAAGAGUUGGAAAGAGGGUAUACAGUCCCAAAUAAGGCUUUCAGAAAAGGAAAGACCUUUUCUAAUUGAGCGUUUACGAAAAUUCGACCCGGUACCCUUGAAGCCCACCCAGAUCAUCCGGUUUUCUUGGGGACAGCCUGAUUCUCCAGUCCACUCUGAACCAGACUCUUCUGCAACGGACCGGAUUUCGUCAGUAUUUUAUUUGGGAGUGAAAAAGAAAUCAAAGAUAUGUGCGAAAUCAGAGAAAAGAAGUACAGUGAGAAAGAAAAUUAAUUUGAGGGGGGAAAAACCAAAAAAAAAAAGGAAAGUGACACCUGAAGGGAAAAACGUAGAACAAGGAUUAGUAAUGUGAUCAACGAUAGGGACCAUGAUCAUGCGCAGUUUCUUUCCACCGUAAGAAAUUAUUUCUAUUCGUUUCCUUAAGAACAGCCUCCAGGUCUCACUCGAAGGCUGCCGUGGUCAGAUAGAUGGCCUGUCGUACCUACUCACCACCAAAUGCCUUCAAUCUAGUUAACUAGUUAAAUACGUCAUAUGACUCAGCCUAAAUUACCAUGAAGGUAACAAAAAUGCCCACAACUUUCAGUGCCACUAUUCGUAUUGCAGAAUGAAAAUGGAAUAGAUUCGGAGUUAAAGGGUCACUAUACAGGCAGCUUUAGUGCAGAGAAUGACAUGAAAAAGCAAG